GUGGCCGAGCUGUUGCGAGGGGCGAUCGAAUCGGGGCCGCGCGCGCAGGAAGGCUGCUGAUCAUCACAGAGUUGUCACGUCACGGAUCCGCAGCGACAGAUAAAGAUGCUGAGGUGACAGGCAGAAGGAGAAAACGGACGAUCACACUCAGACAUAUUUCCUUCCCUCCUCCAUUCGCUCUUUUAUUUUAUUUCCAGUCACCGACAACACCACCACCACCUCCGCCUAUGGACGCUUCGCUCGCUAUGGGAUUCCGCUCGUUGUCGUCCCCGCCGCCCCCAAACCAAAAGGAUUUUUCGUAACCACACCCGGCUCGUCUUUGGAUCAAGGGCUGGCAGCUCAGACCCGAGGGUUCUCCAUCAGAUCCCAAAUGCUCGGCCCAGUGUGAGGCUGCUGGUCGUGGGGGAAGCAGUGAGGGCAGCGUCCCUAGAUUUGCCGACGGGAUGAGUGGGGGAGCAGAGCAAACUGACAUCUUGAGCGUGCUCUCCCUGGUCAAGGAACGAUGGAAAGUGGUGAAGAAGAUUGGGGGUGGUGGGUUCGGGGAGAUCUACGAGGCGACGGACCUGAUGACGCGGGUCAGCGUGGCACUGAAGGUGGAGUCGGCCCAGCAGCCCAAACAGGUGCUGAAGAUGGAGGUCGCGGUGCUCAAGAAGCUCCAGGGUAAAGACCACGUGUGUCGCUUUGUGGGAUGCGGCCGUAACGACCGAUUUAACUACGUGGUGAUGGAGCUUCAGGGUCGAAACCUGGCCGACUUGAGGAGAAGUAUGCCUCGAGGAACAUUCAGCAUCAGCACCACGCUCCGUCUGGGGCGCCAGAUCCUGGAAGCCAUAGAGAGCAUUCACUCUGUUGGCUUCCUGCAUCGUGACAUCAAACCGUCCAAUUUUGCCAUGGGUCGCUUCCCCAGCACCUGUCGUACCUGCUACAUGCUGGACUUUGGUUUAGCUCGCCAGUUCACCAACUCUUGCCAGGAGGUCCGACCUCCCCGUCCAGUGGCAGGGUUUAGGGGAACAGUGCGAUAUGCAUCUGUCAAUGCGCACAAGAAUAAGGAGAUGGGACGUCACGAUGACCUGUGGUCUCUCUUCUACAUGUUGGUGGAGUUCUUGGUCGGUCAGUUGCCGUGGAGGAAGAUCAAGGAUAAAGAACAUGUGGGGAAGCUGAAGGAGACUUACGAUCAUCGACUGAUGCUCAGACAUCUACCGGCAGAGUUUGGUGUGUUCUUGGAUCACAUCUCCAGCCUUGACUACUUUACCAAACCUGACUACCAGCUGUUGAUGUCAGUGUUUGACAACAGUAUGAAAACCUACAAUGUCGUGGAAAAUGACCCCUAUGACUGGGAGCGGACCACUACUGAUGGCACGCUGACAAUUAGUGCCAGUACCACGACACCUCAACAUCACACUCGCCUCACUCCAGCACACAUGGGCAUGGCAAAUGCGUCCCUGAUCCCUGGCGAUCUGCUGAGAGAAAAUACAGAUGAGGUUCUGCAGGAUGAGCAGCUCAGCGACGUGGAGAACAACCCUGCUCCAGAGCGUCUGCCGGGCUCUCCCCUCCACCCGCACCGGAACCAGGAGACUGAUGUCUGGGAGGAGCUGGAUCGCAACCGUAACCGCAUCAGGACAGCUGUCUGGAAGACGGCAGCGGAGGAGGAACACUGCAACAACCAGGGCAACCAAGGGCACCAGAGCCCCUAUGCUGGGCCAAGCCUGGGUUCCCCUGUCAAACUGCACUCUGAGGUGGUGGCUUCAGACCGUGAUGGCCCUCUGCUCAGGAAGCUCCGCAACAUCCACAGCUUUGAGCUGGAGAGGAGGCUUGGCCUGGAGUCCAAGCCCAGCCCAGAGCGCUUCGUGGAUGCCUGUUCAGCAAAGCAGCAGCUAGGCACUCAACAACAGGAGAAGGAAUCUGACAGAGCUGCUAUCAUCCCAGUAACUCAGGCUCAAGCUGUAAUUGCCGGGGAGCGUCCUGAUAGGGUUUGGCACUAUGAUGAAGAGUUCCUAUCCGGUGGUGGUUCUCCUAAGCCAGCUUCCCCUGGAUCGUUAGAGCAGGGAGAGGGGGCAGCCAGCAGUGGGGGCUUUGUGGCCCUCAAUUUGAGCUCUGGGAGGCAGGACUUUGACUCAAGGGAGUGGGUAAUGGUGGAACGACCCAGUGGGUCCCCAGGAGUCAAGGCUACCACCAGCCCUUCGGAGGAGGAGGAGGAGCCAGAGGUGCUACAACCAGAUGAACAGGAUCCUGGAUGGGAAAAGGGCAGCCAGAGCCCUAGAUCGGGGAAAGCCAAACAAGAAAGCACGGUCUCUUCCAAAGGAAGUGUAAAAAUGGACAAGUUGGAGCUUAGUGUGGGCCCUGCAGGGCCUUUGCCCCCAAUCACUCCAACUAGCCCGGCUGAAGCUCUGGCUGAGGGAGUCCUCACACAGCUCCCUACCUCUCCUCCAUCUCUGCCCGAGGAGGUUGCGGUCCGGACAUCCAGCCCCAUCCCUCUGCGCUCUCCCAGUCCUCACACCCUCCUGACCACCUUGUCGGACCCACUGCACCAACGUCAGCUGCCGGCCAUGAGGCGCAGCCAGUCCGCCGACCAGCAGCCGCAAGAACGCCCCUCCUCUUCCUCCUCCUACCACGCCUCCCUACCUCUGCCACCAAACCCCACCCCCAGCACCUGCUCACCCAGUCGCAGGAAAUUGCCAGCCAUCCCCGCGGGUGCUGCCAACACCAAGUUUCCCUCAGUCAUUCGCAUCACCCGUGCCCAGCUUCAGCAGUUGACGGCUCAGCGUCCCUCUGGGCUUUCCUCCCAGUCAGGCUCAGACAGUGCUCCACAGUGUCUCCUGCUGGAGAGGCGUGGCGAAGCUGAAGCUGAAGCUCAGCAGGUUCAGGAGCGUACAGUGGAUAUCAGCUCCCCGCAGGACCAUGUGCCCUCCCAUCCAGGGUCACCAGUAGACCCCCUGGCUGAGAUGCUGGUCAAUGGAGACAGCCACACCAAAGCUCAAAGCCCUGCGGCAAGCCGCAUGUCUUCCCCACGCUGCCCUCGUUCACCGUGCUCGCCUCCUCCACGCACUGCAUCUUCCCCUCGUUCUCCUCGCAGCCCUGUGUUUGCCAAUGGCCGUCUUUCCCCUCCUGUUAACAACCAAAGGGAUCUAAGUAAUGGAAAUUUCCUCAAGCUAAAAGACAAUGAGAAUGACUCUAUCCCCACUCCCUGUGUCACAGAGCCUCAGUUGAAGGGGGAAGACCCUAGAGAAGUGAACCUGACCCCAGAACAGAUCACUAGCCCAGCCUCCUCCACCCCGCUGGCUGCCCCCCGUAAAGACCCAAGCCGCAGGCAAAGUCGAAUCCCUGUGUUGGAGCCCUCAGCCCUCCUGGAGCUCCCUCCACCAGGAUCCGCCAAGGAGAAGCUCUUACAAAAGAAAGCCAGCCACCAAGGCCAGGUCCCCUCACCCACUGCCUCGCCAUCCCUUUCUGAUAGGCGUGGCCCAAUGGUAGCCUCCCUCACUAGAGAUCCACUGUCCUCCACCUCUGACCGCUCUCAGGAAGAGGACUCUCUUAUGGGCUCCCGUUCUGACCGCCAGGGAGACGACGCUCCGUCUCUCUCCUCCUCCUCUAGCCCACUGUCCCGCAAAAGCAGGAUCCCUCGUCCCGUUCAGGCAGCUUCUUCUGCUGAGCAACUGGCUGCUCAAUUCAUGCCGCGUCCACCUCCUGGAAAACCACCGUGUCGCCCCACAGUGGAGGGCAGGCUUAGACGUUACCGCAUCCGAGCUGGCAGCACCAGUGACUCAGAACUGCUGACGUGUAUUGCUCAGCUAAUGCAUGGCUCCCGUGGCUCCCCCCUUCACCACCGCUCCUCUGCCCAGCACGGGGGCUCCAGGAUGGGCGUCUGCAGCCUGACGAGCUCUCCGCACCACCACCGCAGCUCGAGCGCCUCCCCCCGCAGCUCCUCCUCCCUGCAGCGCUCGGUCAGCUCCUCGCCCUCUCGCCACGAGCACCGUGGCGGCGGGGGAGGGGCUGCUUCGGCCGCAGCCGCUCACCCCCUAGCUUCUCCGGCUCGCCGCCUCCCCGCCGCUUCUACCCCCACCACCAGGAUACAUGCUGUAGCCGGCAGGCGCGCACGAGCCCGUUCCACCUGUCUAGAGGAAAAGGCUGCAGCAAAGAGAGCAAGUGCUCCAGCAAGCUGAGUAGAUAGAUCCCGACCAGGUUGAGUUGCCAUAGCAGAGAAGUUGUAAUAGGAUAGACAUCAGUCAGUGAGUCUUCCUGUAUAAUCAGUAAAAUAGUCUGAACUUUACUCCUCUCACAGUUUCUCAGUGUUCUCUUCGCUCCUUCUGUUUGUGCAUAGGCUUUGUCAUUCAGUAUGUGUCCAGCUUUCAAAUACCACCCCAGUGAUUGUAGUUUUGCACUAAGGCUGCCGGACUCGUGGAAAACAUAUUUUAAAAGAGACUUUUAUAAAUCUUUGUGGCACAAGCCGGGAUAUCCAGAAAUUUUAGUCCACCCCCAAAAAUGCUGCCUUUCCCAAAACUCUGAGGACAUUAAAUACUUGUUCACAAGCUGAAUGACGAUGCAUGACUAGCAGACUGAACUUGAAUUGGUGGAGUACGUCCUUUAUGAUAAUUUACCAAACAGGCAAUGUUGUGUCAGGGUCUUCUUUUCAUUUUUACAAUCAAUGCUGUAGUUUAAACUGUUCAUGCAGCGAUUUAAGACAUAAAUAAGAAGUUAGUUGGACCAGUGGGCACAUAUAUAAAAGUCUGUCCUGCACCGCAAUAUAUUAGAACUUAUUUAUCCCCAGCAUUAAUGCAUUCGAAUCAUACUGAUGGAAUUUGCAACUCUAAUUAUUGGCCGGGGGGCCUAACUCAGAUCAGGCAGGGUAUAACAUUUUCUUUCUGCUAAAUGUGAAUGCAUAAAAGGCAGAAUUUGUGUACAGUUUUAUUUAUUGAGAUAUUUAUUUUGAUGCUUAGCAAUGCUUACGACUCCUAUCCUCUCGCGUGUGAUCGUUAAAGUGUGGUUUUUGUGCAUUCGUUUUUAAAAUGAGGGGAUCGCUCAAAGUGACCCUUUAUACAAUCAGUCAUGUAAAGCAUGUGAGGACACACACCUUUUUGUGCCUACUGUGUUGCUGAGAGGGAAUCUGAAAUGUCACACUGGAGUGAAGGAAUUAGAGGUUAGACUUGUGAAGUUUUAGUAGCAGUAGUAAGUUUAAACGACUCAAGGUGCACUGACGUUCGUCUUAGCGCGUGCCUUGGCACUUCGGGCAGCUUGAAGAUUCACUUUGGUGUGUUUGUAAUUAGGGGAGGAAAAAAAACAACAACAAAAAACCAAGAGCCAAAAAACAGACUUGUGCCAGCGGUUAUAAGACAACCCUUUUCAUUCAUUUAUGUAGAAAAGGUAGCAACACAAAUGUUUGUUAAUCAAACAGAAUUUGAGCAGCAGUUUACUUAAGGACAAAGUAGCUAUUAUUUGUAACAAGAAAUAUUAGCUGUCCUGUGUACGUACCAGGCCAGUGUUUGAGAUAAAACUCUGAACAAAUGUGAAUUUCAGACCUCAAAAAAAUUUUUUUGUCAAAUGUUAUUGAAAACGGAGGGCAUAUGUACAUAUUUCUCACACCAAAACGAUGCUCCAUGCCUCCAUGUGCGAGAAUGUUUUAUUUCCGUUCCUGUUUCUCCUGCACCGGAGAAUGUCUUUUAUAUAACGGCAUACAGCAUACGGCUUGUGCACAAGGUAAAGAAGCCAGAGUGUUGUUUGUGUUCAGUUUUUAGUUAGGAUUCCUCACUGAAGCUCUCCUCCAUAACCUAUUCCCACUCCUCUGCUUGUAAGAUACUGUAAAAUAACUUCAGCUUCCUUCCAGUGCUUCUCUUUGCAUGCUCAACAGAGAAAAAAAAUCCAAAUCGACUACUGAGUAAAAAAGCUGCGUAACACUCAUCAUCACAUUUACCACAUUGGCCAUUUCCUGUUAGGCGAAUCUCUAAAUCUUCUUUGCCUCAUAUUAAAGAUUUGUUUUCUUACCUGAUGUUAGUUUUCUGCACCGACCUGGGAUGAUUCCAUCAUUGCAUAUAAUUGUAGUGACAUGCAAAAAUAAAAGGAGAAUAGACUUUCCUGCAUUUUACAGCCUUGCGUUGUACUCACGAGCUGAAAGCCUGAUGGUAGUCCCAGUCAUAAACCACAUUGCCAAAUAUUUUGAUAUACUUUGCAGUUUGAGUUGAGAUGAGAGCGUCUUGUUUUUGUCGAUAUUAAACAAUUUCGUCUGGCUCAUGUAGAUUUCGCAGGUACCUACGCUAGCCUCACAGAGCAGCUAUGAUGACUCAUCCUGAAGGCAGACAUCGUUCAGUCAGUCAGCCGCCUUAACGUCUCUUCUCUGCCCCUCUGUGCAUAGCGAGGGAUGACUGAGCCUUGUCUGUGUUGGAGAUCAUUCCAGUAUUAGGCCAAGCCAAGCCUUUCUUUCUCUCUCUUAUCUCUCGGUCUAUAAAUGGCAUGUGCUACCAUGCAAACCCUCGCCACUGAAAUCAGUGCUGACAGACUUCUGUGUCAGAGCCGGAGCGCUCCACUGUGAGAAUGUGUGGACCAUUUACUGAUUGACUGGUUGAAAUUGGAGAAUUUCAGGGUGCCGUAUUCAAGGUGUGUUUGCAGUGUGAUAGCUGUAUGCUUUCAAAUGGCUGUGCAAUUUAUGCGUCGCCAGCGAGCAGUCUUUGAAUUCCCCCUCUUUCAAGUCCCAAUUUCAAGGCUUUGAAGUUCAGAACGCUGUUGUGCAGACUUUUAAUAUAUACCUGUAAAAUAUUGAAAGUAAUAUUUAAAUAAUAUCAUUAUCGUACAAAUAUGACAUAUAUGCUAACGGGCUUCAAUGAAAGGGAAGAACAGACACUAAACAGUGUGCUGCUGAUUUUAAAAGAUAAUCAGAUUUCUUAUCAUGGGUUUUAUUAUUAUUAUCUCACAAGUGGUGUGUAGUCGUAGGAUUAGUGUUACCUUCCAGAUGAGAUUUUUCUUUGUCACUUUUAAAAGUGGCUCGCUAUUAGAAAGUGUCAUAUUUAUAGUAGCUUGUUGGGGUUUUUUGUGGUUACACAAAUCCACAGACCAACAGAAUAAAGCCAGCUGUUUUGUUUUAUUUUGAAAAGUGAGAUGGAAACUAAUAAAAGCUUUGGUGUGCUCUUGUACACUUCUCAUGUCAUGAUAUUGAAUUACUUAUAAAUACAUGACAGAAAUUAUUUAUUGUGACUUUUGCUAAUUUGCCCAUCUGUCAUUUUCACUUGAGUUGUUGGGAUUUUUUCAAUGGUUGAUAUUUUUGUGUUGUAAUGUAUGUCGUUGUUUUGAAAUGUAACUGUACAGUCUCAAGGAAAGAAUGUAACAAGCGGGAGUUUUGCAUUGUAUAUACCUGUAAUUAUUUAUGUUAAUUCUAUUAUUUGUAUCAUAUCAAUGCCUUGUACAGUGUUUUGUUUCUUUUUGUUUUCAAAUUAUUUUGUAUUUUAUUUUUAUAAACUGGUUACAAAUAAAAUACUCAUUCCGCAUGCAGAAAGAAUUUUGUGACAGAUUCCUGUUUAUAAUCCUGAAAUGUUGGACACUGAGCAAGCAUACGCAUAUUAAAAUUGCUAAUUUAUAAAGUGCUUCUUUUUAAUUGAAAUAAAACCACUGGGCAUUCAAA